AGAGGCAGAAGGGGAAGGUCGGUCGGGACGCUGAGGUGGCCUGCAGCUGUCUCAUCGGUGCUCGUGGGCUUCGCUCGUUCCGUGCCUCGUCGCUCCCUGGAAGGGGAGGAGGCUUCGACGCCGAGCAGGAGCCGCCGCCGCCGUAGUCCCGGGUUCGAAGUCGCUAAGACUUCUCUCAAACUUGUGUGCUGAGGAGACUCAGAUGUUGGCCUCAGCUCCUAGGCUGAACUCAGCAGAUCGGCCCAUGAAAACUUCUGUAUUGAGACAAAGGAAAGGAUCUAUCAGAAAGCAACAUCUAUUAUCCUGGGCGUGGCAGCAAGGAAGAGGACAGGUGGUGGAAAUCCUGCAAUCUGAAAAGCAGACUGAAAGGUGACAAAGAAGCUGAAGAUGGGUGGUGGAGAGAGGUAUAACAUUCCAGCCCCUCAGUCUAGAAAUGUUAGUAAGAACCAACAACAGCUUAGUAGACAGAAGACCAAGGAUCAGAAUUCCCAGAUGAAGAUUGUUCAUAAGAAAAAGGAAAGAGGACAUACUUAUAAUUCAUCAGCAGCUGCAUGGCAGGCCAUGCAAAGUGGGGGGAAGAACAAAAAUUUUCCAAAUAAUCAAAACUGGAACUCUAGCUUAUCAAGUCCCACCUUACUUUUUAAGUCUCAGACUAAUCAGAACUAUGCUGGAGCCAAAUUUAGUGAGCCGCCAUCACCAAGUGUUCUUCCUAAACCACCAAGCCACUGGGUUCCUGUUUCCUUUAAUCCUUCUGAUAAAGAAAUAAUGACAUUUCAACUUAAAACAUUACUUAAAGUACAGGUGUAAAAUGAGAUAAAGUAUUCUGUGUUUAAAUUUAGUCAUAUUUAAGGAUAAUUGGCAAUUGUCUCAGACCAAAUUCACUAGGGAAUUUAAUCUGUAAAACUUUUAAUUAAUGUAGAAAAUAUAAUCAGACUUAACUGUUUUGUGUGUUAUGUGCACUGUGAUGGUAGAAUCAGUGCAAGUUAAAAUAACUAAAUUAUUGAUAAUUGUACUUCAUAUCAAUACUAAGUGUUCUCAAUUGAGUAACCAUUCAAGUGAAACCAGUCAAGUUUAGAUUUGGGGAAUGGUAAAGGAAUCAACUUUUUCUAUUGCCUGUUGGGGGAAAAUAGUAAUUUAAGAUUAUCAUUCACGGAUCAGCAGAGUGACUUGUUGAGAUCUGGCAAAUGUGAUUGUAAGCAUCCAGUUAAGACAUACAGGGGUUGAAAACUAGCUGAAUAUUUGAAAGUUUAAUGUCCUAAACCAGUAAUAUGCCAACAAUCUGAUGCACUGCCAAAAGAAAAUGUGAAUUUUUUUUAGAGUAUAGUUGUAUUUUAGUGAACUGUAUGGUGGGGAAUGCGGAAAGGGCACUAGGGGCUAUUUAGAAUGAAACAGUAUACCCCAUUGUCCCUGUAACUGACAUGCAGUGGAUAGGUGUCUGCCAACAAAUGCACCGAAACCAUUUUAUAUAGAAAUAGUAUUCGGUGUUCACCGAGUAGCUUUCAGAAUACAUUUUAGUAUUAUGGCACUGCACAAGCUAUUCUUACAGUGAUCUGGCUUCAAAUCAUCCCUGCAAAGCUUGUUUAAAGUUGGGAGCUAUAUAAUGUGAAAGUUUUACAUAUCUAGGAAAGAGCCAUGUAAAUACAUGUAAUAAACUUGUAGCAUAUGUAAAGUUUUGUUGGCGUUUAUCCUACAAAAAUAGAAUAUUUUAGUAUGAAUUUGCUGAAUGUAAGACAUGGACUCUUUUUAUACUAUGGCCUAAUUUUAAAGGUCCAAAAAAACCUUGUUUUUAAAGUUUGCCCUUGUGCUAAAGUGCCACUGUAUGUAUACUAUAAUUGAUCUUGCUGUAAACUAUAUUUCAAAGUAAAUCCUAGUGUAAGAAGUUUUAUAUAACUGAAAAGGUAGGUUUUAAGCUGCUAAAACACUUCCUAUUUUUGAGAGAUGUGAAAUGCAGUAUGGGAUUAUUUUAAUUUCUUAAGCCCAAAGAUUAACUAUUAAGGGGUUCCUCUUACCUUAAAAGAUUAAUUUUGGCUUUUAACAAUUUGUGUAACCUAUGAGUAUAGUGUACAAUGCCAGUGGGUUUUUUUUUGGUCAACAGGUACAACCCAGGGGACCACUCAUUGCAAAAGAUGCAAUUUCUUGCCUAAUACCAUGAUAACAUGUUUUGCUUAUCUUAAAGAUAAGCGCUAAUUUUAACAGCCAACUCAGUAGUAAAUUAAAAGGAAAGUGUGUGUGUGGGGGGGUCUAUUUACAAUGAGUGUAGGUGCCCUCUUCUCUGAUUUGGCAGCUUUUUUGAUACUUUUAAGCAGAAUGGGUAAGUUGUAUUUCUCCAAAUUCAGGUGAGAUAAUAUUGCCCAUAUCAAAUAAUGAUAAAAGACAAGUUUAUAUAAUAGUACUUAAUGUACAUACAGGAAUUUGAAGCAUGAAAUUAAAAAAUAAAAUUGCUUUUUCCCGUGUCUUCUUUUUAUUGUAUAAAAAAUUGUUACGACCAUGUAAUGUUCUUAGAAUGCACAUAAUUAAUCCUACUGAAAUAACAGUAGGACCGUUGGUUUUAAGAGGCAACCAAUUUGCUAACUGAUAAUAGACAUUUGGAUUAGCAGCUAUACAGUUAAAAAAGCAACUGUGGCUUCCUCCUCCCAGCAGGGCUAACAGUAAAAGGCCACAGAAUAUUACUUUGGAAAUUUACAUAAAGCUUCUGAAUUCAUCUCAUACCAAAUUGAGUAAAGCAGGUGUAAUCGCCUGUCUCCCUCUUCUACAUUUUAAGAUGACUUCGGUAAACACAAGAGUUCUUGUCAAUUUGAGAAAUUCUGCAAAUUUUUUUUUCUAUAAACAAUUUUCACAAGGGGACCUUGGAGGAGAGAAAAGACCCAAGAACUAAACUGGCUUUCUAAAAUACGUUCCAAAUGAUAGGAUAACUCAAACUAGUUCAAGAAAAAUCUUUUAAUUUCUACACUAAGCAAGCAGUGAAUCCCAGAGCCAGGUUGUAUUUUCUCAUGCAAACUGUCGGAAGAAAUUGAUUUGGCAGAAAUAAUGAGUCUUUUUUUCCUGUUUAUUCCCAGUGUAAUUUCUAUUAACAGUGGCAAGAAUUGCCCAGUUCUUUGCAGUACUGCACUGGAAUCCCGCUCGAUUCAACAAUUUUCAUCCCAAGCAUCUUUAUGUUAGGUUUUGAUGUAUACAUGUAAAUACAGUAUAUACUAGAUUUCUGGUUUGGGACUGACUCCAGUGGUAAAAGUGUUCAGAGAAUUAAGAGCACAAUGGCUUUAACUACAAAAAUUUUUAAUAGCUACGGUUAACUUAAAAAGUUAAUAAUCGUAUUUUAUAUCUCAUACCUUAGAAAGGUACUAAUAAAGUUAUGGUUAGCGUACAGGAAGUAUGGUUGACAUGAGUUUCUCAAAUCGUACUUGUAAGAACCAAAAAGUUGUUAGAGCUCAUCUACCCUGUAGGGCUGCAGUCAGCCAUAGCAUGAGCCUUGUCAGUGUUACAAUUUAAACUUGUCAUACCUUUUUGAUGGCAGCGUAUAUAGUACAAUGGAAUCUUGAGCCCAUAACCUAUCUUUACACUUCAGUUCUGGUAAAUUCUCUUCAUCCCCGAAGCACAAGGUGGAAAAUAACUGAAGGAAAACACUAGUUUUCUAGUGUUUAAUUGUCUCAUAGGCAAUUACUUCGUAAACCAAGUGGGAUAGAGUACAUCUCAAACCUCUUACACAAAUGAGGAAAGCCUACUGAGCCACAAAUCUGUCAGGCAGAACUAAACCUAAAAAAAAAAAAAAAUCCAAGAUUUUUUGGAU